AUGUGUCAAUAUUACUUAGAUAAUGCUACUUUGUUCUCAUUUAGUGAUAUUGUUCGAUCAAACUUUGCUAAUCGUUCUCCCACUAUGAUUAAUAUCACCACUGGUACAUGUUACUCAUUGUUGCCCAACUGUGAUCGUGGUCCAUGGCCACUAUGUUUAGAUUGGCGUGAAAUUUGCGAUCAGAAAAUCGAUUGUCUUAAUGGAGAAGAUGAGAUGUGGUGUCAAGUUUUAGAAAUAACAAAAUGUGCAGAAGAUGAAUAUCAAUGUCACUAUGGUGGUCAAUGUAUUCCAUUAGAAUUCUUACGCGAUAGUCGAGUCAGUGUCGAUUGUCUCGAUGCUAGUGACGAACCCGAAUUUUAUGUUGUACCGCUAUUCCCAUCAUUUAAUUGGAACUGUAUCAAUAUUCCAACUUUUCAAUGUGAAGAACGUACUGCUCGGUAUGGUCGCUCAUUUCCUUGUGGUGAUGGAGAAUACAUCUUGAGAAAUAUUAUGCCAGCACCACGAACUUACUGCCAGAAUCAGCGUGACAAAGAAUUCACUCGUAUUCUUCUCACAUCUCUUGAUUUUAUGCCAGAUGAUGACUGUCGACAUGCAUUCUUUUGUUCCUUGCAUGCCAAUCGUAGUUUUGGUAAGUUAAAAAAGACGAGAGGUUAA